GGAUAUGAUGUCAUCAGGAAUGUACAAAAUGGACAAUGGCAAGCCUUGCCUCAACAACUGCUUUCCAGCCAAAAGUCUCCUUCGGAUGCCAGAAGAAGGCCGAGGACACUGGUUAGUGUCUCGCAAAGGCAGCAUGAAGAAGGGUGUGACUAAGGCAUGCGCUGAAGGCCAGGAACACCUGAAGAAGGUUUCCUUCGAGACUGGGUUGAAGAAAGUAUCUCGGCGGGAUAGCCAGGCAGAUGCUCUUGGGCACAUCUUGGACCGGGCUUUUCUGAUGAAGCACCAUUGUGUUAAAAAGCCAUCAGAACUUUGCACUGUCAACGUGAGCGGCAUGAAGUUCUCCAAGGCAAGGGAAAAGGACUUCAGACAUUUCACCUCUGUGAUUUAUAUCAAUGCCUCUGAAAACCUGCUGCCUCUUGAUGUUUUUCACACAUUCCCAGCCCUAAAGGAACUGGAGCUUGCAUUCAAUGGCAUCAAGAUGGUCUAUGUGAAAUAUGGAGACUUCAAGGCAUUGGAAUUUUUGGACCUUUCCUUCAACAGCCUGACUGAGGAGGCCAUCUGUGACCUGGGGAUUCUGCCGCAUCUUCGUGUGCUGCUCCUCACAGGCAACGGGCUCACCUCUCUGCCACCCAACAUGGCUGUCAGAGAACAGGAGGCGUCCAUGACACCACUGAUGACCAGGAAGUACAUCCUGAGGUUCCCAGCACUGGAGACCCUGAUGCUGGAUGACAACAAACUGUCCAAUCCCAGCUGCUUUGCCAGCCUGGCUGGGCUCAGGAGACUGAAGAAAUUGAGCCUGGACCAAAACAAGAUUUUCCGGAUCCCGUACCUACAACAGGUUCAGCUCCGUGAUGGAUCGGGGGACUGGGUUACAGAGGGGCCGAAUCCCCAGAAAGAGCUACAGCCCCAGACGUGGAUAUUUGAGACUCCAGAUGAGCAACCAAAUUAUACUGUACUGCCCAUGAAGAAGGAUGUUGACCGCACAGAGGUUGUAUUCUCAUCUUACCCUGGAUUUUCAACCUCAGAGACAUCCAAGAUAUGUUCACUUCCUCCCAUAUUUGAGAUUCUCCCUGUGAAGUCACUGAAAGCAAGGAACCAGACGCUGGCCCCACCUUUCCCAGAGCUGAGAUACCUUAGCCUGGCCUACAACAAGAUUGCAAAGGAGGAUGCUGUCCUGCCAGCAGCUCUCUUCCCCUCUCUCUGUGAGCUUGUCUUCCACAACAACCCUCUGGUAGCUCACACACGAGGGAUCCCACCACUGCUAAAGAGCUUCCUCCAGGAGCGCCUGGGCAUCCGCUUAGUUCGAAGGAAACUGGUAAAAGCUAAACACCAUAUGUUGAUGCCUCGGAAGGAGUCACGAAAGGUGAAGACCCACAUCCCCAAGGUGCCAAGGUAUUCUCUGGUCCCCCAUCACCUGUCCAUGACAGACAAGCCUUCCUCAAGUCUUAUUCCGGAGACAGAGCCAGGAGUUGAGGGGCUGCCCGCUACUGAAAACACCUCUCAUGAGGCACUGCUGGCCACUGAGGGCCCAGAAGGGCCCUCCCUAACUCACCGGACCUUUGUGCCAAUGCCUCCCAUUUGCUCCGACUCCACCGUCCACAGUGAGCCCGUGUCCCAACCAAGCCAUACAACUGACCUCUUGAGCCCAGAGCACCCAUCAGACGAAGACGCCAAGAGUACGGAGUCCAUCUUCCUGACCCAGGUGAAUGAGGUGCCACCCUCCACAGUCUACAGGGAAAAGUUAGAGGCAAAGGAGAGUGAGCAAAGGAGACCAUUAACUGCACCCAGAGAGACAAAGAGGACUCGGAGGAGACAGCCCUCUGACACUAUGGUCAACAAGUACGCCGGCUAUGAGGAGCUGCUCACAGCCAAACCUGAUCCGGCCUUUGUGGAACCAAAGGGUAUCCAGAAGAAUGCACAGGCCCUGCAUCGCAUGCUAAAGCAGCCACUCGUCUGCCGUUCCUCCAAGCCCAGGCUGGACAGUUUCCAGAAACCCUACAUCCCCAAGGAGAAGCGGGUUGGGCGGGUACCAAUCCCACCCCCACGGAAGACUCGAGCACAGCUACUGGAUGACAUCCUCAUUCGCAUGCGGGACCCUCGGAACGUCACUGAAGCUCCACUGGGUGCUGUGCUGCAGCGGCGCGCACAGCAGCGCCUGGUGAACCAGAAGCAGUACCGGGAGGCCAAGCGGCUGCUCAAGGAGUUCCGCUCACGCUACAGGCAGUUGGUACGCAGCUCGCUGCGGACUGUGUUCACAGCCAGCCCGCCGCCUAGGCCGCCCACCCGCCGCGCGCUGAGCGCGAGCCAGCCCAAAUUUGGCCGCUUCCUCGAGUUCAUGGAUGAGUUCUGUCAGGAGACCCCGGCCAGCGACUCCAAAGAGUAGAGCCUCGCACCGCCCUCCCCAGGGGCUCUGUGCCCUGGACUGUGCCCAGGCCUGAAGAGAGGGGGUUUGGACUCCAUCUCACUCCGUGGUCAGCAUGUGGAGCUCGGCAGGACCUCGCCUCCGCGCCCGGCCAGGCUGCACCUGGGUGGCUGGCCCAGCAGCAAUAAAGAGUGGUGCAUAGAGCAAUA